CUGCUCCCCAAAAAUUUAUACCAUAGCCCCUGGAGAGUCCUGUCUUAGAUACCAGGUGCUCCUGGGCCAACAGCCAAGUGCACCACGUGGCAGCAUUGUCAGUGGACUGGACAGGGGCUGAGUCCCUGAUGGCCCAGCAACCCCUCAAAGGCUCACCCUGGGAUGUGGGCCUGGAAGAGGCUGGUCCCAAGUGGUGGCUGGCUUUGGGGACUUUGAGCCCUGUGUGGCCAUGCCUGAGCUGGGCUUCUCACCAGAAACAAAGCAAACACAAGGCUGUGUCCCACCAGGGCCCUGCUUCUCUGCCCACUCCGAGAUGGUCCUUAGGGUCACCCCUGCCACCACAGUUUUAGCUCUGCCCACCUACCACAGGGGUUCAGCUCUGACUCAUCUGUAGCCCACCCCACCCUAAGCACUCCAGCUCCUGGACUCAGGAGCCCCCCACCCAACCUUUGACCCUACCUGUGUGUCUGGGUUCCUGAGGAUCCCCUGCCUCUGGGCCCCCCAGGCCUGCUGUAACUAUCUCAGGCUCCCAAAUACUGGAGAGGGUAGGGUUACUGUGUAGGAUUAUGGGGAGCACAGUGUGGGGGGAAGUGUUUGCAGCCCCUUGCCAGGUCCCCAACCUCCUAAACUCCCAUGUGGUCCUCCCCUGGCGUACAGGUCUUGAUACUUACAGCCACAGUGAGACUGGCUUGUGGGGUUACUCCCCAUGUCUUGGCUGUGGACUCUGGGGUGGGCAGGGGGCACAGCCUCACUCACCCAGCGUCAGAAGCAGCUGCCAGGUCAGAGCAAACACUUAACAGGGCCAGAAACAGGCCUCACAGGGCAGGGUGUCAGUGUAUCUUGCCUGGUUUGAGCCCAGGCAGUGGUGGGUGGGUGGGGAGCCCAGAGAGGAGCUGUGAGCCUGGGGAGGGGGUCCCCAUAGGCGGGGGAGGAGGCUGCCUGCACUGGCCAUUUUGUCAGCCUGCAGAGGGGGAGGCAGAGCCAGCUGGAUUUUGUUGGGGGUGGGGAAGUGUUCUCGAGUCCCCUGACCAGGGACAGCUUCCAGUCAAGGACUGGCCUAUGUCUUGAGGUCCAGGGCCCUGUGUGGAAAGAGCCUCUCAGGUGUGUCACCAAGGCCUGCCCUCUCCAUAGUGCAAGUCUCCAUGUGUAAGAAGCAGCCUAACAGCUGUGUGCUCAGCUGCCCGGGGCAGUGUGGCUGAGUGGGCCCUGCAGUGACUCGCCGGGGUGACCUCAGUGGGUAUCUACUCCCAGAAGCCCUUGGGAGGUUGUUCUCAGAGCUGAGGGAUGAGGACACUCUCUGGAGGGAGCAUGUGACCUCGAGUCAUCAGCCCCAUGGGAACCAAGGCCCAAGCCCUCACUCCCCUCUCCCAGGCCAGCCCUUGGCCUGUCCCUCAGUGGAGCCCCUCACCCCUGAGGCUCCCCCUCCAGCCCAGCUCUCCCCUUUAGGAAUAGAACACCUGGAAUAGAAUCCUCACCCCCACCCUGGUGGUCUGUGUUGGCCACCACAGGCCCCCAGGCUCACUUUGACUGCCUCCCUCCCACAUCCUGCUGUGGGGGUCCUGGGGUGCAGCCUGCUUUGUGCUCCCUAUAGGCACUUUUUCCUGUUUAGCUUGGCCCUCAGCUGGCUUUGGGGCUCCCCCAGCAGUGCUGGAGCUGGCCAGCCUCUGGGGGUCCCAGAUCACCCCACAUCUGGGUGGUCAGUGGUCUCUGGCAUGCAGGUGAGCACAGUUGCCACCUGGGUAGAGCCCACUCCUAGCCUCACCACACUACCAUAAUCCUUCCACAUGUGCAAGCCCAUGAUUGGGGACCACCCCUACCCCAUCCACAGCAAGGUGCUCACAGGCCCUAGCACCACACAGGGCAGCGAAGCCAGGGUGGGAGGGCAGAUAGUGAGAGGGCAGCCAGCCUGCCAGAGGUCAUUUCAGACUCAGGUGUAUGUGUGUGUGUGUACACACAUGCUCCCACCCCAGGCUGUGCCCACAAGGCCUCUUUCUGUCCUCCAUCUUCAUUCCUCCAUAUCCACCCAGCCUCAACCCUCUCCAUCCUGAGCCCCCAGCCUCAGCCCACCUCCAUCUCACCCCUAGCCUCAGCCCUCUCUAUUGCCCCCAGCAGGCUGCCCUGCCCCCUGUGAGCACCCCACGCUGAUGCUAGGUUCCCUCCACCAGGAAGUAUUUUUCUAGACUCCUUGGCCAGUUCAGAGCCUCCUGAACUGUCCCAUAUGUGUGAUGGGGGGAGCCCAGCCUCAGUCUGGUCCCUAACUUGUCCUCACCCAAUGCCACUUGGGAGGGCUCCUGGCUGUAGUGAAUGGGCAAGGGGACAGCGGUGUGAGGGCCAUGUGUGGGGUGGCACUUGUGGACUUGUGGAUGCACAUGUGGGUGAGGGUAGCACUAGGGUGACAACCUUGAGUGUUGGGGGGAGGCAUCUUCCCCCCUCCUCAGGGAAGUCACCUAUUUCUAAUGCCCCCAAGUUGGACCUGGGCUGCAGAGAUGUUUCCAGAAGGGCUAAGUUCAGCUUCCCCUACAGACACUGGCCCCAGGCUAUGACCCCUCACCUCCAUCCCCGCCCAAGAGGCAGAAGCAGCCAAUCCCGGAGGCCAUGACCGCGCCCCUGGCUGGUGCCACCAAGCACAUAAAUAGGCCUACAGGCCCACACCCAGAGAACUCACACCUGACGACCAGACGCGGCUCCUCACCUGGAAACGCAGCUGCCUGUGUGCCAGCCUUCCUGGGACAGCCGCCUGCUCACCAUCCCAGAGCUACCCACCAGCUGACACCUCCAAGUGGAAACAGGCCAGGCCCCCUUCGACACGACAAGAGCACCUGGUACCCAGCCUGAGCACCAUGCCCUGCUGAUCCCUGCUGCCAGCUCCAAGGCACACCAUCAGUCAUGCCUCCCCCCGGCUGGAGCAGCCCCACAGCCUCCGGGCCCAGGUCCCCCACCUCAGUGGGCAGUCCCCGGUCCCCCAGCACGCCGGGCUCAGAGAGGGUGGCCUCCCCGCUGGAGUGCUCCAUCUGCUUCUCCGGUUAUGACAACCUCUUCAAGACACCCAAGGAGCUGGCCUGCACCCAUGUCUUCUGCCUGGAGUGCCUGGCACGGCUGGCAGCUGCACAGCCUCCUGGCCCUGGAGGUGAUGCAGUACCCUGCCCCUUCUGCCGGCAUCCCACUGCCUUGCCUGAGUCUGGGGCACCUGCACUGCGCACCAGCCACCAGCUACAGGCCAAGUUGCCCGCACACCUACGGCGGGAGGAGCCUGUGUGGCUGGAGGGCACCCGGCUAUGCUGCCGGCCCCCACCUGCUGCACCUGGUCUGCCUGAGCCCGGCUGUGUGAGCGUGGACGUGGGCCUGAGCAAGCCACCAGAGCUACCAGCUCCCACUCCCGUGCUGGGCCCUGUCCGCCGCCGUGGUCGCCUGGCCCGUUGCUGGUCACGUUGUGGGGACUGGCAGCGUCUGGCUCUCAUCAUGGUAUUGCUGCUGGUGCUCUUCUGUGCAGUGCUUUGGCCUGUGCAAUGUGCGCUCAAGACCGGGAGCCUGCGCUGCCUCUCCCACGCCCCCACCACCCCUGCCACUGCCCCCACCACCACCACCACAGAGGCUGCCUUCUCCCUUGGACCCUUGGCCAGUGACUAGGGUCUUGAGUGACUCAGCACAGCUGGUAGCACCUCCUAGCUACACCUGGUGUGGUAUGUGCUGGGAGUGGGUCUAGGGAGCCCACAGGAGUCCCAGUGUCUGAGGACCCCACUCCCCAUGUGACCCCCUCCCACCCAGCCCUGCUCUUGAGGGCUGGUUCCUGAAGGACUGGACAGAAAGAUCUCCAAGAUCCUAGGGGACCCAGAGAGUGCCCCCCGACAAACACCAUGAUAGGAGCAGCUGGCUCAGGGUAGUGUGGGGGUCCCUGCUUAAGAGGGACUCACCAUACUCCCUAUGUUUUCACAUUUCACCCCUCCCCACUUCAUCAGAUCCCUCCCUGGUAGGGCUGGACCCUUCCAUUGUGUGUGGGGGGGCAGGUCCUGUACCCCCUACUAGGGGUACAGGAUAUGGCAGUAGGGGCCCACUCCACCUCGUGAAUUAUAUAUUCCUUUUUUCUUUUUGAGAGAGAGAACACAAUACUGAAGCUUCUUCCAAUGCUGGACUUGAACCUGAGUCAUACAUAUGGCAAAGCAGCUGUCCAACUGAGUUUUAUUUAUUUUUGUAGUUUCUGGGGCUUCACUGCACUAGGGCAUGUUUUCUUUCAGAUAAAAAUAGGAUGAGGCAGAGAGAGAAGGGACACAGCAUGGAAGCUUCACUUAGUGCCAUAGUGCUCGCAGGUGGGAUACCGGGGUCUUGAAUCCAGGUCAGACACUUGGCUGAGCAGGUGCCUCCCAUGUGAGCUAUCUCACUGCUCCCUGAACUAUGUUGCUAAGAAAUUAUUUUGUAUUCACAUUUAUCUUCAGUCAUUAGGGCUUCCCCAUGCUGGGAUUUGCAGAUAGAGAGACAGAGAAUCAAAGGGAAAGACUCCACAGCACUGAGGCUUCCUCCUGGCAGUGGGGACUGGACUUGAACCUGGGUCCCCUGCAUGACAAAGCAGUGCACUCUUCAGGUGAGCUACUUUGGCAGCCCUGAAUUAUGUAUUUCUAAAUAAAUUAAUUUGUAUCCA